AGCGGUGCUGUAUCAAGCCGUUUUUAUUCGCCUGCUGCGUACCGUCUUAUUUAAAAAAAAAUCUCCAUUUUAGACAGUGAACUGACGCAUCAGCGGGCUUCAUGACUGGGACAAUGUGCCGGGGUCUGGUCCGCUCCUGAUGGCCUGAUGAUCCGUCAACACCGGGCAGUUUGAUCAUCACUAACUCUGUGUGACCUGGAAGAUGGACAGGCAGGGCGCAGCAGAGAGGCAGGCGGACACUAGCAGGACUACCAGCACCCCCACAACAUCAGCUGCCGUCACCAUGGCAACAGUCAGCUCCGGCAGCUCCACGUGCACCCAGGCGCCCUCUACUUCCCUCAGCAUCAUCUCACCUGACAGACAGGCAGUCCAGGUGAUCCAGCACGCCAUCCACAGACCUCAGAGCAUGGCGGCCCAGUACCUGCACCAGAUGUACGCAGCCCAGCAGCAGCACCUGAUGCUGCAGACAGCCGCCCUGCAGCAGCACCAGCACAGCCCGCACCUGCAGAGUCUGGCCACCAUACAGCAGGCUUCAGUCUGUCAGCGGCCGUCACCUUCUUCAUCCAGCAGCAGUUUGGUUCAUCAGCCUGCUGGAGUUUCCCAAAACUCAAUUACUUUACCGGCAUCUCCGGUGACGGCACAGCUGAUCGGCCGAACCCAAACAUCCACUGGCGCUGCGACCACCAUAUCCCAGCAGGCCAUGCUGCUUGGAAACAGACCGGCCAACUGUAACCAAGCUCAGAUGUACCUCCGCACUCAAAUGCUCAUUCUAACCCCUGCAGCCACGGUGGCUGCAGUUCAGUCAGACCUCCCUGCUGUCACCUCCUGCUCCUCUUUACCUCCCUCCUCUCAGGUGCAGAAUCUCGCUCUGCGCACCCACCUGCCUGGAGCUCUGGCCACAGCCCACAGCGUGAUCUUAAAGCCAUCAGCACAGUCACAAACCCUGACUCCAGCCAGCUCUUUAUCUAAGGCGUCAGUCUGCGGGCUGAAAACCAACCCGCUGACUGACACCUCGACAGAAACGGGACCGGCUGAUGUCACCCGGCUGGCCUCAGGACCCCAGAUUAUAACCCCAGCCUACUCUCCAAUGCAAACCCACGCUCUGGUGAAGCAGCAGCUGUCCUGUCCGCCAGGUCAGCGGAUGGCGCACCACCAGCUCAUCCUCCAGCAGGCUGCAGGAGGAGCAACAAACCACAGGCAGCUCCAGCCCAUCGCCCUCAGAGUAGCAUCUCAAGAACCCAACCCUCUUCCUCUCUCAGUUAAGAGACUGACCACCCAGUCCCAAACCAACAACGACCCCCGAGCCCCGUCUUCUUCCUGUUCGUCUGUCACCAGCCUGUUUGCAUCCUCACCUCAGUCCUCAAUCCCAGCAGCCGCCGUCCAGCCUCAGCCUCCUCCUCUGGUUGCCGCUCCGCAGCGUCGCACCUCAUUCCCGCAGAACCAGCCUCCACCUCCUCCUCCGCCUCUGGUUCUCCCCAGACUGCCCCAGAACCCCCCCACCUCCCUCCAGAGGCUGUCCCUGCACUCAGUCCAGGCUUUGGCCGUCCAGUCAGGACAGGUGCUGCUGACGGAGCAGGAGCUGCCUGUAGCCGAGGCUCUGGUCCAGAUGCCCUACCAGAACCUCCCGCCUCCUCAGACGGUGGCCGUUAACCUGAAAGUGCAUCGAGUCAGACACAAUGAAACUCCAUCCUCGGGGCAAACAUGCAAAGUGAAUGGACUGAGCUCACAGGAGAGGAAAGAUGAAUGUUCCCCCAGUCCACAGCCAGACAGGACCCAGACACCUCUCAUCGGGCCGACUAAACACAAUGGUGCAGCAGCGAUGGGUUCAUCCUCUAUCAUAUCCAGUCACUCAGUGAUCAGGUCACCAGUGUUGGAAGAACCCUCCCAGCUUACUGCCAGCACCACCACCAGCACCACCAGCAGCAGCAACCCUCCUCCUCCAUCCCCUCCUCUACCUCCUCCCCCCCUGUCAGCAGCAGUACGAGGCCCUAGCCAGCCCCCUUCCUCCCCGGCCAGCGUCCCAGCGAGCCCCGACAGGAUACUUACAACCCAUGUCCUCACACACCUCAUAGAGGGCUUCGUCAUCCGAGAGGGUCUGGAGCCGUUCCCGGUGGUCUCGUCCUCGCUGUUAGACCAACAGGCUUCACUUCCUGAAUCCCACGAGAUACAAACCAACGGGGACGCAGCGGCCGAGGACAGCCCGCUGGACGCUGACCAGUCAGACUCAACAGACUCAGAGAUGGAAGACGACGGCCCUGCAGCAGAUGUUGCAGAGCUCGGGGAGAGCGUGCUGCUGCAGUGUGAGUUCUGUGGGAGUCGAGGUUACGCUCACACGUUCCUGCGCUCCAAACGAUUCUGCUCCAUGACGUGUGUCAGACGGUUCAGUGUGAGCUGCACCAAGCGCAUCACUGUGCUGCGAGCAGGUCGCUGGGGUCACAGGCCGAUGGGCAGGAGAGGACGACCCCCCAGCAGCAGAGUCAACGGAGCCUCCAGAGAACAUUUUCUGAGACAGGCUCGCGGGUCAUUUGGGUCGGAGGAGGACCAGCAGAGCUCACGGAGAGAGGAGGAGGAGGAGCAGGAGGAAGAGGACGAAGAGGAUGAUGAGCCUCCCGUGCCCAUGACCACCAGGCUCCGGAAACAGGCGGAGAGAGAGCGAGAGCGGGACAGAGAGCAGGAGCAGAGGACGACAGAAACCAUCAGUGUUUCUGACGGAGAAGACGACAGCGUGGCUCCUCCGUCUCAGUGGAACGUACAACAAGUGUUUUCUUUUAUCAACUCACUUCCAGGUGGGCAGGAUGUAGCCGAGGAGUUUCGCUCGCAGGAAAUCGAUGGACAGGCGCUGCUGCUGCUGACAGAGGAGCACCUGGUCAGCACCAUGAACCUUAAACUGGGACCUGCUCUCAAACUGUGUGCACACAUCAACUCUCUGAAAGACGCAUAAACACAUUAACAUUCCUGCUCUCCAAGAAUGAAGAAGGAUUUGUGUUGUUCUGGACUAAAAUGAAGAAAAACAGGAAACAAGAGAGCAUCUUUAAGUUGACUCGUUCUUGGAUUUUACACAAAGACUCAGUCUGAGACCACUGCCAAUGAUUUCACUCCUGAGUGAAGUCCUCACACUGUAACAGCAGAUUUUAAUUUAACACAAAGACGAGCAGUUCUUUCUGUCUCCUCUCCUCAUUUUGUCAUAGUGAUUGUAGCAGUUUUUGGCUCCGCUUAUCCAUUUGUUUCAAAAUGGUGAAUUAAAACUUCUUUGUAUCAUUUGUAAACAAAGAAAAAACAACUUUACAUGAUUAAAGUUUAAGUAUUAAUGUCAAAGGAUGCUGUACAAUGUCAAAGUUUACAGAUUUAUUAUCUUACAGAUUAAAUUUGAUACAUUUAUCAUCAGUAAACUGAAUGACUUAUGGACC